AUGGAGUCGACUUUCUGGUCGGUGCAAGUGAGGCAGGCCUGGGAUUCGGUCCCUCCGGUGCAAGAGACUCAGCCGCCUCAGCUCCCUAGCUUCUCAGAAGACCGUGGUCCCUGGCCUCUGCCUUUCUAUCCGGUCCUCGGUGUGUUCCCUCAGGACGACCGCGGUGACUACCAGGAACAACCGCUUCCCGUUUGGAACGAUGACUUCGAGGAAAUCUACCCCAGGACCGACUCUUGCUGGAUCCAGAGCCCCUCAGAGCCCAGCGUUCCUGACUCCAUCACCCACUUCCUGGAGGAGGAACAGCAGGAGAAAACAGCCACUCCAGGAACCCGGGAGGAUGCUGCAGAAGAACCACUCCCGGUGGCUGUGCAACUCCGGUGCUGUUCCAGAGCGCCCCACCGUGGCGACUAUAUACACGACACCGAGACUUGUGAGAGUGACUCCAGUGAGUGCCAGCGAUGGCCAUAGGAGAAUGGAGAAGUAGGCUCAGGACUUUGUCAGGACUCCUGGGACGCAUUCAUCGCCCUAAGCUGCCUGCUCUGCGGAUGCUGCCCGCCGGCCUUUGGCAGCAGUGAGCCUUAG